CGCCAUCUUUUAAUGCUUAGGCGGAAUCUUACAACCCCACGGAAUGCGGGGUAUGUCAAGAGGUCUUCGACGACGAAAACGAGAAGUCCGCGCAACCUGCCGUGUUCCCACCACCUCUGCAGCAUGUGCAUCGGCUCUCUCAUCCGCAGGAAUGACAAGAAAUGCCCCUUCUGCCGAAAGCCCUUCGUCGCUCUCUCCCCGGGAGACCUCAUGAAGAACAACGGGCUGCUGGAGUGCAUGCAUUACCUGGCACAUAUGACGAGAGAUUCCAGCACCUUGAAAGGGAAAGACCAGAAUUCCUACCGAAGCAAGUUAGAUGAACUAAAAAUCAGAUGUGUUAAAAUCGAAUGAGAAACUCCUGGAAAAACUCUGGAAAAGCUGGAAAGGCGGUCGGAGAAAGUGGUAUACGAUGCCAAUAGGCUCAAAGCAGCGAUAGCGAGAGAAGAUUCGCAUAUCAACGAAAAGGUCGUUGAGAAGAUUUAUGACAUAGUUGCUAGCAACGCCAAGAGCAUCGACGAGCUGGAAACGACUGAGAAUUCAGUGAAAUAUCAACUAAACGAUCUGUUCUGCGAAAAGAACGGCAUUGAAUCGUUCAACGAGGAACUGCAAGAAACUAAGACCUUUACGGAAGUUGCUCGGUUGAUGGAUGAGGCUGCAGAGAUGGGUUCUAGGGUAGACGACUGGACCAGACAAGUCAAGGAAAACCUGCAAGAAGAAGAAGCUGUCAUACUAAAGAAAGAGAAGGAAGUGAAGGUUCUCGAGGAGAAAAUGAAGGUCAUGAAGGAAAUAUUAAACAGUAAUGAGGACACCACUUCAAAUUUUUUCCCUAUCUGAAUAUAUAGAAGAAUUUUCCAACAUCAAAUGCAUUGUAAGGGAGGGACCCUGAGCUUCGGUAGGACUAAGCAGAACCAGUCAGUCAGUCACCUGGUCUCGGAAAGCGGUCGCCUAGAGAUCUCUUGAGAGACUCCCAGGAAGAAGAUUCACUGACCGACUCUCCGGGCUUCUCGAUUCAGAGAAGAUGGACUCUACCAAUCCGACCGAGUGUGGCAUGUGUAACGCGGGUUUCAACGACGACUCAAGAUGCCCACGAAGCUUGCCCUGUUCCCACAACCUGUGCACCGAAUGCAUCGAGUACCUCAUUACCAAAGACAACAGGCACUGCCCCUUCUGUGGCCACGAAUUCAAAUCGACUUCCUCCGCGGACUUCAUGAUCAACCGAGCGCUACUGGAAUGCAUCAGCUCUCUGCCUGUCCUGAGAAGGCAGUACACUAGACAGGCGAGCAAGAAGAGCACAGUCUACCAGCAGAGGAUAGCGGACUUCAAGAAGGACGUCUGCACCGCCAACGAAUUGAUCUCGUCCGACCUCAAGGAACUGGAGAAGGACGUGGAGAGGAUCAUGAGAGUGGAAGAGGAGUUCCAGGAGGGUUACAACAGACAGAAAUCUGAGUUUUGUCAUCGAGUUCUCGAUCAGAUCAAAGAGUAUCAGGCCAACAUGGACGGCCAUUUCGAGUCGUCCAGGACGUGUUCCCUUAGGCUGCAGAAGCUGCGACAGGAGCUGAAGAAGAGGGAGGAAAAGCUGGCGGCUGCCAAGAGGACGCUCGAUUCGACCAGCUCCCUGGAGGAAAUGGCUUCCUUGAUGGACAAAACCGAAGAGGUGAACACGGCGGCCAGCGGUUGGGUUGAGAGUGUCAGGGAGGAUCUCCUGGAGAAGGAGACGCAGAUACAGGAGAGAAAGAAGGCGCUGAAAGCUUCGGAAAAGAUGCAGAUCAGCCUGACGAAGGCCCUGACCUCCAAGCCUAAGGAAGAUAUCCUUCAUCCUGUUCCCAUCACAGGUGCUUCUGCUAGUAAAAUGGAUCUAUCGAGCCAAGUCACGGUUUGUAUAUGUAUUUUAUAUUCUCAAUCCCAAUUUAGUUAUUUUUUCUGUAUUUCCACCAGAUUUAUCAUAUUUGUAAGAGUUAUGUAUGGUAAAGUUUAUUUUACUAUUAUCUCCUUAAGGUUUAUUAUAUCUGUAAGAGUUAUAGCAAUGAGAGGUAUUCCUUAUGAAAAUCUGUCAGAUUGAUUUUUCUUAUUUUUAUGGAGUAUUUUAAAACACUAGUUUGGUAAACCUGCUUAUCUAUACACCUGUGUGUCAGGUACAGUAAUUAUUUUCUUAAAAAUAAUUACUGUCUACAACUAAGUAUAGAAGCUCUUUUAGAAGCUAAUAUGUGCUUGCGUGAGAUCCAUGAAUAUCUGUUACUGAGCGACAAAUCAUUUGGGAUCAAUAGUUAAAUUUGUGACUGUUAUACUUUGUUAUUAUAUACAGCAUGAGC